CACAUUAGUCCUUCAGUUGUUUGAGCAUAUCUCAAGUGUUUGAUCAUUGUCCUCAAAGAAGAAGAGGAUUGAAAACCACAUUGUGAAAGCCAGAUAGAAGAGAUGGGUGCUAGAGUUCUUCAUUGUUGCAUCUUCUUUCUCUACUGUUUUUCCUUCAUUUCAGGUUCAAGCCUCCCAGAGAAACCAACUCCUGAAGCAAUCCUGCAAAAUGAAAGGCUGGACAAUCAAGUAGACAGAAUGAUGUUCUCACCUUCAAGUUUUACCACCCAACUAGAUGGCGAUCCAGGAACCAUUCCCAUCGUCAAUCCAACAACUCCAGCCACAACUCCACCAACUACGACAACUCCAAUAGUAAACCCGCCAAUCCCACCAUCGCCAACAACCAUGGUACCACCAACUCCGACCACAACCACCCCUGUAUCUUCGGGAGGGACUUGGUGUAUUGCCAGCUCCACUGCUUCACAAACUGCUUUACAGGUAGCUCUUGACUACGCUUGUGGCUAUGGAGGUGCAGAUUGUUCAGCAAUUCAACCAGGUUCAAGUUGUUAUGAACCCAACACGCUUCGUGAUCAUGCUUCUUUUGCAUUUAAUAACUACUACCAGAAGAACCCAGCUCCCACAAGCUGCGUUUUUGGAGGAACUGCAAUGCUUACCAACACCGAUCCAAGUUCUGGAAACUGUCGUUUUCCAUCGUCGAGGACUACAUCUACAACACCAAUGCCACCAACAACUCCAACAAUACCAAUAACACCACCCAGCAUAACAUCACCUGUCAAUCCGUACACCACCCCCAGUGGACCAACAGUUUACACAGAACCAGCAGGCUAUGCUGCAGAACCAACAGGGAUACCCAACUCAGCAGACUCCAUGUCACACAACCUACUGCUACUCUACAGCACGGCAUGUCUCCUAAUGUCCGUUCUUGUGUCAAAUUAUCUCUAAAGUGAUGGAAACGAAGUUCAGUUACCCUACUACAAUGGGAUGGUGAUUCACUUGCCGGAUGCACACUUCAUGCAAUUUUAAGGAGGCACCGUGAAUUCCCAAUGAGAGAAAUCUUGGCCUUGUUCUCACUGGAAUAUCACUGCUAUAGUUCAUAAAUGUAUGGCUUUUAGUUGGGAUGGGAAGCCAGGGGAAAUGAAGAAGAGCAAUGUCGUCUAGUUUGUUCUUUUUAGCUACUUUACUCGCAAUAAAUUCAGACAAGCCCAUCGGGUUUUAGGACACUCUCAGUAACAAGACAUGUACAAUAGCCAUCAACUGACUCAGAGACUAAAAGACUAACACAAGCCAAGGCACUCAAACCACAACACAAGUACCCUUUACUAGUUUUGGAGUUUUCGCCCUUUGCUUCCGACUUUAAAGUGAAGGUAAAUAGUGAAAUAAGUUCCCAGUGCAAGCAUGGAGGCUUUCAUCAAAACAAAGAGAGAGGCCCGAUUGGUGCUUUUUUGUGUCCUAA